AUGGAUGUUCGGUUGCUCAACAGUACCCUAAAGGAGGCUAGAACAAAAUAUAGGCACGAGUGGAUCAGCGCAAGCCACGACCUCAACUGCAACCCAGACAGAUCACCGGAUCCUGGACCAGAGAAAAUAAUAGAGCUCCCUGAAGGAACACUGACCAUAUUUAAAAAUCAAAAAUCAACCCAAGAAGAACAGUCCCCUGUUCAAAGUCUAAGGCCCCACAACUUGUGGAGGAAACCAAAGAGGAAGAAGAGCACACCGACAGGAAAUCCAAAGCAACUUGUGGUUGCUGAUGACAAUGAUGCUAAAAAGCCCAAAAAGAAAAGAACGAAACCUCUGAACAAGAAACUGAUGAUUGGUCAAGAUCCACAGCCAAUCAGUUCUGAAGAUUCUGUCGAGAAAUUUGAGACAAGGAUGGCACCAAACCAUCUCUUCCAACUCAUCACUGAAAUCAAUAAACCAACAGAUCUUAAGGAAGAGCCACAUGCGGUAGAUUAUCGCCAACUACAAAGGCAGGCUAUCAGAGAUAUGGGAUUUGGCGUCUUGCUGGAUCUCAAAAUCAAAAAUAUUCCAACAGCCUUAUGUAGUUUUCUGGCAAACAAUUUUCAGAUCGGUGCGAGACAAGUCCCAUUGAAUGGUUACAAUGUACUGGAUAUCAAACAGGAAGAUGUUGUUGCUGUACUUGAUCUUCCUCGUGAACCCAAACAGUGUGAGUAUGAGAGAGUGCAUCCGAGGUCAUUCCCUGUGAUCAAAUCUUGGGAUCAAAAGAUGCUAGACGAUAGAGUAAGACUUCAGGGAAGUAAUUUCACAGAUGUCCAGACACUUGAACGUCUCAAGAAACCGUCCUCAGCAGCAUCCCGAGAUGAACAACUAGAGACGGAAUCACAGGAGGAUACACAGGCCAACCCCAACACACAGCAAGUCUAUGUAGACCUUGCUGUUCUUUAUGAAAAAUUCUACCAAUUGAUUAUCACGAUGAGCAAAACUGUUUUAGACAUACGUGAGAAGGAAAUGGAGUUAAAAAUCGAACCAGAUGAACAAGCAAAAGCAAACAAUCAAGAUCCUAACAGAGGCAAUGGUGGACUGGAGCAAUUGAGCCAGACAAAUGAUGAGGCUUCUCUUCCAGUGGGAAAAUUCGUGCCUACUUCAAAAGAAGUGGUGGUUGAUGAACAACAAACUCAACCACAAGGGGCACAGGGACUGGAUCAAUUGAGCCAGACAAAUGAUGAGGCUUCUCUUCCAGUGGGGAAAUCCAUGCCUACUUCAAAAGAAGUGGUGGUUGAUGAACAACAAACUCAACCACAAGCACAUGGAAUGAAUAUCUCCACAAUAGAAAAGAAGAGAUCCCAUCAAGAUUCCACCGGCAGGGAUUCAGGUGUGACAUCCACCUAUACCAAAAGGUCGAGAAGCACUGGUACCUGGAAAAGGAAAGUAUUCAAAGACCCAACUAUCCCACACUUUAACCUGGGUAUCUUCUCCAGUCAGGAAGAUAGUUACGAGACAACCCAGGAGAAGAACACUGAGGAAGAUAUCACAGGAAGUGUUGAUUUGGAUAAAGAUGUCAAUGAGACUAUAGAAGCAGAAGAAUAUCCAGUACCAUCUGCACUCGACGAAACAAAGAAUCCCACUCCUUCCAUCGAUGAAAUCAUAAGAAGGGCCAGUGCACCAGCUUCAGAAUCAUUAAGUGAUACCAAAAAACUAGAGAUGAUUGCCGCUGCUGCAGAACAAGUUGAGAAGAACUCAAAGGUGGUUGAAACAGUCCCUUUAAGCAUAAUUCCACCCGAUUGGAAUAUUGCUUCUACAACGGGUGGUCUACUGAUGCUGGAGAAAAAUGAGUGUACCACGCCGCCGCCUGCAAUCUCAAAGAAAGCUGAUGAGCUUGAUGAAGAAUUAACAAAGACAGUGGAAAAGAAUUUCUUGUUUGAAUUUGGAAAAAUCGUUUGGGCAGACAGAACAGCAUUCUAUUCUAUGAGGGAAGGGACAUGGAUAGAAAACAGCAUCAUAGAUGCUUGGGCUGUCAUCCUAAACAAAGAAGAAGCUAAGAGUGACUCCCCAAGACGGAUAUUCUUUGGUGUUUCCUCAUUUGAUACAAUCAGUCGAUACUAUCAACCGGGCAGUAAUAAAGAGGAAAUAGAGUUCACAUUCUAUGAGAGGUUGGUUCUUGAACUAGAAGAACAAGGCCUCACUGUGGCAUCCCUGAUAGCGGCAAAAGCUUUUCGGUUCUUCCAAAGCUUUGUUGAAUGCGUGUUCCCACGCAUAGAACUGGUCAGUGCUCAGUACACCUUCACAGAGGUUAUGCUACCAUCGCAUAAGGACAAAACGCCGAAUGCGGAAGAUUGUGGAAUAUACACAAUGCACCACUUGGAGCGGUAUGAUGGUGGUGAGUACGAGGAUCGUAGUACUUUGGAUUUCAACACAGGAAACAUCAAAGAGUACCGGUGGAAAUACAUGAUAAAAAUCCUUAUGCACCCAGCCAACAAAAAUAAGGACAAAAUCCUCGAAGCAAUGCACCAGUUCUAUACAAAUACUGCUGAAGAAGAACGAAAAGAAAUUCCAGAUCAUGUUGAUUUGAGCAGCAAAUCUUACUACAAUGACAGAAAAAUUUAG